AUGCCGGACACCCCCGUGGAGGAAUCCCUCUUCCAGAUCAUCCACUGCUACCACCAGUAUGCAGCUCGGGAGGGCGACGUGGAGACCUUGUCCCUAGAGGAGCUGAAGGCCCUGCUCAUGGACAACGUGCCCCGCUUCAUGGAGGCCUUGGGCCGGAAGGAGCCCUACUACAUCGCGGAGUUGUUCCGGGCUGCAGACAAGAACAAAGACAACCAGAUCUGCUUUGAGGAGUUCCUGUAUGUCUUGGGCAAGCUGGUGAAGGACUACCACCUGCAGUACCACCGGCAGCUGUGCGCCCACUACUGUGCCCAGCACAACCUCUAUUAG